AUGUCUUAAAAAUCAAAAACACUAUUACAACUACUUCAGCAACAAUAGCAUUUCCAUGAUGAUAUCAACACAUCCUUAGAGUCUAAUUACAGACACAGUUCAGAACACACAGAAAAGAAGUUUGAUCUCAAAUUACAAAAAUCCAUACUCGAUCUCUAUUCUCAAAUUAAAAGCAAUAUCCUUAAAACUGAAGAUCAUUUGCUACUAUGUCAAAUUAGAAAGUUAGUCCCUUUGGACAAGCCAGAAGAUCUUUACUCAGAUCCAAAUAGUUUGAUUUGUUAUAUUGGAUGCAUUUUCACAGUUCUCAUGCAAGAUAAAGUAUUUUUUAAAUCCUAUUAGUUAAAUUUAGAAUAAUAAGUAGAAGAACAAAAAAAUAGAGAUCAAAGUGAUUACGAGGAGCAAUUAAUCAAACUCGAAGCAGAAAUCAGAUAACACAUAAGAAUUGAAUAACAAUUGAAAUUAUUUGCAGAAAACACUCAAUCCAAAUUGGAAGAUGCUUUAAAAAUAAAAGAAGACUUGGAAGAAGAAUUGUAAGCAAUCAAAAGCGAUUUCUAAGUCUUAUAUGAAAAGAACAAUACCUUGAACCAAAAACUAAGAACAUAAGAAAAAGAAAUUUAGAUUAUCAAAAAUAAUAAUACAAUUGAAACUACAAAUCAAUCUCUUAAAUCAAAUUAAAACAAUCAAAAACAUGUAUCUAAAAAAGAGAAUAUUGAGAAUGAACAUCCAAAAUAACAAUCAAUUACAAUAAAUUUAUAGAUAGAUAAAUAAAAACCUCCUCUUUAAGACUAUUAAGAUAGACUCCAAACUGAUCCAUAAGAUGAUUACUUUAAACCCAGAAAUGACUCCCAUAAAAGAAUCAUUUCAACCCAUGUAGCCAAUACUUAAAAUAAUAAUAAAUCAACCUAUUUACCAACCAGAAUACAAACAGAAUCAUGUGAGUAUUAAGAUAGAAAGAGAAAACAUAAUUUAUCUCAAUACGAAACUUCAAAUGCAACUAAACAUUAAAGAAACAAAACAGCUUAAAAUGUUUUGAAUCUAAUAAAUUAAGAACUUAAACGACAGUAAUCAGUAAAAGCAUGUUAAGAUAAAAGUUAAUGUAAUCAAAACAAAGCAAUUAAAAAACCCUCAAAUUCACAACAUCAACAUGCUGAACCUAAUAGAUCCAAUAAUUCUGUUCACAGUUUUCGUAAACAACCUCCUGAAGUAAGUCAGAUUCCUAGACCCUUUUCAUGUGCUGAAUAAAUCGAAGAAUCAAAUAAUUCUUUUUAAAAGGAUCUAAGUAUGGAUAUGGGUAAUUAUUAGAAGCAAGGUGGAGAGUAUCCAGAUAAAUAACAAUAAAUAAAAAAACUAUUGCAAUAAUAUCAAUAGAAACAUUGUCUAAAUGACACUUUGACCAAAAAAUUACUCUAAGAAUACAAAAAAAGAUAAGGAUACAAUUGCAAGACAAUUUAUUGA